UAUCAUAUCAUUGGGUAGAUCUUAAGAAAGACUCAAUCAUUUGAGUCAAUCAUUUGCCUUUCUCUCUCUGUUGGCGCCAGCUUGCAAUUACUCAAACGCGGCCAAACUCGGUGUCUAGGUACCUUCUCAGAGGCUGGGCUGUACCGUUCAGCCACAACUGAGCCACAAGUCAAUUUACGCCAAAAUUCGCGUCCAGCAAGGCCCGACGCGUCUCACCCUUUCAACUCAUCCCAAAAGAUGACAGCGUGAGAGUUGAAAAGUAGCUCCCAAAAAUGGCCGCCCUGGAUAAUCUUCCGGGAAAUAUGCUCCAGAAGCCUACGGGCGAGGCAGAAGAGGAGCUGGAGAGGAAGGCGUCCACCUACAAGCCCAUAAACUCCUUCAGUCUGGAGAAAGACAAGUCAUAUCAGCAGCAGUUUGCAGACAUGUACUUCUUGCGGUUGACCAAAAUCAAGCCCGCGGUUGAGCAGGUGGCAGUCGAUACGUGGUCCGGCACCAUCAUUGGAGACGAGCCGGCGAAAAAAGUCGAACGGGUGCUGGAUAUUCGGCAGGGUGAGCUAUGCUGGGUAACGGGGACUGUCUACAUGGAUAUGCCCCUGAAACCCAACAUUCUGGAGGAUGUCUCUAAGGACAGAUGGAUCUCCGCGCCUACGUCGAGUCAGAAGUACUGGUCGGAAGAUGGCUCAGACGCCGUGACGCUGGAAGAUGAAUCAGGUCGAAUCCGUCUUGUUGGCAAUGUGCUCAAGUCGGUUGUACUAGUGACAGGGUGCAUCAUAGCUGUGAUGGGCACGGAAAACGUCAAUGGUGAGCUGGAAGUCAUUGACCUGAAGUUUCCAGACUUGGCUCCCCAACCAGAUCGAUGGGCUCUUUCAUCACCACCCGCUGCAAAUGGCGCAAGCCGGGGCAAGAAAAUCAAGGACGUAGACGAGGAAAUGACAGACGCCUACAGCAAGGGGAGCGGAGGCAAGAUCGCUAUUGUUUCCGGCCUUGGAUUCUCUGGCUCAGAUGCAUCCCACGCCAUUGAGCUCAGUUUACUACUGGAAUACCUCCUAGGCGAAGCGCUAGACCCCUCUACGCAACAAGAAUUGUCUCAGAUCAGCCGUCUUAUCAUAGCCGGCAACUCAAUAUCACUGGAGGAUCAAAGACCAGUCGACGAGGAACAGACGGAAAAGAAGACGAACAAGAAAUACGGCUACGACGCUAGCGCGUACAACCCUCUCCCGUCGCAGCUCCUCGACGAGUUCCUCUCGACGCUGCUCCCGACCAUGCCCAUAACCAUGCUCCCUGGUGCGCAAGAUCCAGCCAACGCUAGUUAUCCGCAGCAGCCCGUUCACGGUGCCAUGUUUCCUAACUCCAGAGCCUACACGGCCGCGCCAGGAUCAAAGGAAACCAGCUGGUUUGACAAUGUGACGAAUCCAUGGGAGGGCGAGGUGGACGGGUGGCGAGUGCUGGGCACGGGCGGACAGAACGUUGACGAUAUUUUCAAGUACGUCGACAGCGAGGACCGGCUGGGAAUGAUGGAGGCCAUGUGCCGGUGGAGGUGCUGUGCGCCAACGGCACCUGACACAUUGUGGAGCUAUCCGUUUCAGGACGACGACCCGUUCGUCAUGAAGACCAGCCCGCAUCUCUUUUUCGUAGGCUGCCAGCCCGAGUUUGGAACCAAGAAGAUUUUCGGUCCGGAAGGCCAGACUGUGAGACUCAUUGCCAUCCCGUCGUUUUCGGCUACAAAGGAGCUGGUGUUGGUCGAUUCGGAGACGUUGGAGGUGACCAAGGUGAAGAUUGCUGCAAUAUGAGAUAAGUCUUAAUAUCAUGGAUAACGUACUUACCCAACGAAAUAUGCUUGAAGUGUUCAUGUGCAUUCUAGUCUCGGAGGAAUAAGAGCUUAUGUGCUAGUUGGACGACUGGUGUUUCAUUAGAGGUGAAAAGGGGGUAAACCCUUCGGUAUUCUCAAGAUAUUGGAAUCUGUGGAUGCUACCGUCGAGCUAUAGCACCUACCCAGAAAACGUUCGGUGUCAUCGCAAUUUUAGAAUCCAUAGAUUUCAUCGUCGAGCCAUUGAGUCAUGUGAAACAACGUCUCAGAUCUUAAGAAGGCAUGGCGAUGAAGGGGAUGAGACUCAUGUUCGGGGGUGUCAGAAUCAGCG